GAGGAGGAUCGGGGUUAUUCAUCGGCCGGCUCUCGGGUUCAAGACUUGCUGAUCGAUCGACCACAUCGGAGCAACUCAUCUUUGAACUUAGAAUGUCAACUCAAGAGACAGAGCAACGAACAAGCCUAACAUCGCAGAAAGAGAAGUCCAACAAUCUAAAGCUGAGACGGGAGUGUCGAGCAGAGGAGGAUUAACCAUCUCCACCCGGCUUUAGGAUUCCAAUUGAUCACCAAGGAUCACUCUUUAGUUCACCCUGCCAUCAGAGACUGCACUGGCAGGCAUGGAAAGACUGUAUUGGCCAGGGCACCUCUUCCCUCUCUCUCUUCAAACUGGACAUUUAACCCUUCAGCUACAGCCUUCUCAUCAGGUAAAAAUGAAGAUUGCAGCCUUCAAUGUCCAGAGACUGGGAAUGGAUAAAGUCGGAAAUAAGGAUGUGCGGGAAAAACUUAUCAAGAUUGUGUCUCGGUACAGCGUGGUGGUGAUGCUAGAGGUGGUGGAUCAAACUGGCGAGGCCAUGAAAUUUUUCCUCCAAGAACUCAAUAAGAGCGGACCUCAUCUGUACGGCAUAAGGAGCAGCCAAUCUCUGGGACGAAGCACCUACAAAGAGAAGUUUGUCUUCUUCUUUAGAAGGAAUGAGGUGACGUUGAUCAACUACCACCAGUACAAAGAAACAGCUGAAGACACUCUCGCCAGAGAGCCCUUCAUGGUGCGGUUCGAGUGUCUUGAUACAGUUGUGAAGGAUCUGGUUCUGAUCCCAGUCCACACCAAACCAGAGGAUGCAGAAAUAGAGCUGGACGCUCUGGAGGAUGUGGUUGAAGUUGCGAGAAAAAAAUGGAAGUCUGAUAACAUUAUGAUUCUGGGGGACUUUAAUGCAGAUGGACGUUACCUCUCCAAGAAGAAGAAGGAAAGGAUCAGUAUCUUCUCUCCUGACUACCAUUGGCUGAUAGGUGAUGAUGUCGACACCACGACAAGUAACUCUACUGACCACACCUACGACAGGAUUGUGGUGUUUGGAGAUGACAUGUAUGACGCUGUGGUUCCCCGCUCAGCUCGGACUUUCAACUUCCAGAAGGAAUACCGUCUGUCUCAUGCCAAAACUAAAGCCAUCAGUGACCACUACCCUGUGGAGGUGGUGCUGAGGAAGAACUAACAUGAACAAAUGAGCUCCGAAGGCAACCAACGAAGAGAAAGGACAUCAGAAGAAGACGGAUGUCCCAGCAGACCUCAUCAUGACACAACAUUAGACAAUAUACGCAGACGCAUCGGCAGUUCCUUAUAUCACUGCUUACUUAUUCAUAACGCUUAUAGCUUCGUGUUAUCUGAAAUAAACUAAUCAUGAAAGAGUA